GGAAAGUGCCUGUAUGCAUUCCGCUGUGGGUGAGAUGACGGUACGAUCAUCAGACUGUGACUAAACAUUUUAUAGCACAGGAACAACGGUCUAUCAUUUCAUCAGGCAAUUUGUCUUCGGCAAUUCAGAGACUGGUAACAAGUCUACAAGGACCAUACCUAUUGUCAGAUGCCAGUGGUUGACAAAUUAAAAGUUCUCAUGCGCAUGCGUGCAGAUAACGCCCAGGCUGGUCUGGAUCAUCGUUACCAUUAUAAAAUGUAUCAUCAAGUUGUUGCACACUUUAAACUUCAUCGUCUCGUCGUCAUCGUCGUUUCGUUUUGGAGCAACCACUGGACUGAAAACCAAAAUUAGCUUUCGUACUUCGUGCACUUCCACAUUUGAAAACAAUGAAGACCUUCAUUUUCAGCGUGAUUUUGGUGUCAGUGUUGUCCACAUAUGACGCUGAUGGACGAUGCUACGACUGUACUCUCACCAGUAUUGGUGAUAUACAAGAAGGACAACAAAGUUGUGGGAAUCCGUUCGACGGCUGGGGGAUCCAGACUGUACCAUGUACAGGACCUUGCAAAACAAUCUAUUCGGAAAUCCAAGAAGAUGCAGACGUACCUCCGAUAACAGUAACGAUUCGAUCUUGUCACGACGAAGAUUUGGAAGGUGUACCCUGCGUUGACUUGGAUAAUUUUGAAUGGGAGGGUAUGACCUUGAGUCAAAGCUGCUGCCUUGGUGAACUGUGUAACGAUAAUGAGUUGGGCGGUGAUUGUGGUGAUGAGGCAAGUGGUGAAUGGGGUUAUGGGGACAGUGUAGAUUCAGAGACGGGUAGUGACUGGCCUGGUGAUGAACACACUGCUAUGAUGAUGUCGAUACAAAUGAAGGUGAAAUGCCAACUCGCUGGGUACUCUGACCCACUUCAGUGCACCUUUGCGUCUGAUUAAAUUCAUCAUGACCCACGUAAUCUUCAGGUCGCUGUUUACCUUGGUAGAUGUAGAGGCAUAAUAGAUAUCCUGUAAUGUCUCAGUUUUGUAUGCAUUGCAUGUGUCAGAUCGCUAGAAGGACCUGGAGCCAAUUUCAUAACGCAUGAUGGUGCUCGAUGGGCCAAAUUGACCGUGUUUCAUUUUUCAUAGUAAAGACGGAUAAGAAACCGCUGAAAGUGAGGCGAUGUUCACCGUUAAACACGUGGCCUUGUGAUGCGUUGUCUGUGCGUGGCAUUGCGCUCUGGCUGUCUCUCAUGCUAUUCAGACAGGCCUGAAGUUAGACGCUUUUUCUUUAGUCUUAAAUUCAGAGAUUUCAAUAAUAUGGCAAUGCAAGUUAGAUGCAGAUACGCAUGUCUGUUUUAGUGCUACUUUUCAAUGGAUAUUAUGGAUUCUGCUCGAUGGACGAGGAUUACUAAACAAAAUGGAACAUUAAGGGACUCUUCAAAUCAAAAAGCGAACAAUUCGGGAUUUAUAGCACAGUCCCGGUUUUGCAUUUACUCCAAAUGUCUAAUGACAUCUGAUAUUUAUGCCAAUACUCAUACCUAAAUAUCCUCAAAAAGAGAAAAAAAUGGUCUAUUUGAAAUUAAAUUGACAUGAGAUUAAAUGUGAUUAUUGAUACAUUUUUGGCUAGUGAAAUUACCUCGCCACACACCCUCAGUGUUUUACAAAACGCUCGUUUUUUUAGGUCUUAGAGGUUUUGGUUUGCAUGUCAACUUCGGGAAAAAAUAUAAUUCCUAUAACCCAAUCAAUCGAUUCGAACACAAUUGUGUAGCCUCUUCGUUUAUGCUUUUGGAAUGAGAGAGUUAGUAAUGAUUAGUAUUUUUUAAUUUAAUUUGAUCUUUUUACUUAUUAUUUCUUUGGUUUGAAAACCUCCACGCAAUAUUUUGAACAUAAUGUGACAGAAAAAAAUGUUUGGUAGCAGCUAUGAGCCUUAGCUGUAAGUCCCCCAAAAGUCUCCGUUUCUGGUCAGCGAGCGCGUCGCCGUAGACCUGCGCUCGACAAAAUAAAAAAACAAUUAUUUGGUAUAAUAUGAUAUCCAACUCUGCCAGACGUGCUUGAUCGACUGAAUCCAGCUUCACUGUGUAAUUUUAACGUGCUUUAAAUGGGGUACAGUUGAGUAUUAUGUACAGUGAGGAAGUCGUCAGAUCUGGGACCCCACACAUUUAGUCGGGUAUUCUUUUUCAGAUGGCGCCAUUCCUGUAUCACGACAAGCACGUUUACAUGAACAUUAUUUUUAAAAAAGAAAAAAUGACGGGAAAAAAGCCACGUCACCACCCCACUUUUAGAACCAGCUCCUGACCAGAAACCAGAGAUCUUUUCUGAUCUAAAACAAGUGUUUGUUGCAGCCAAUACUCAGUAAUGUCCAUAGCACAAUUCAAGUAUUGGGACCGGGCUAGAAACACUUUUGCCCAAUUAUUGCCUCGUGACAGAGCUGUAUAUCUAGACAACUUUGCCAACGUCAAACUUUGGAGCCAAAAUGGCUGUUCAUUAUGCGUGCAGUACAACAUGCAGCCAUCGUUUCCUAGUUGUCCAUGUGCAUUUGACGCAAUAACCACCCAUUUUGGUUCCAACAAUUUAGACGCUCACUUCGAAAUUCUCUCUGUAUAACAGCUCAAUCUCGUGUCGCACUGCAGCGCCCUCCCUGGUGACUAGCUAUUGUAUCGGAACUAAAGCAUUUUGAUUUGCGUGAUUAUUGAUACUUCCCUGCAAAUAUUGCGCUAUAACAAAUUAUGUACGCCUUUUCAACUAUAUAAUAUUCGAUUAAAAAUGAUUAAUUGAAAGUGUACCUUA